AUGCGUUUCACCGCCGUUGCCGUCGGGGCCAUGGCUCUGGCUGCCCCUAUGGUCUCUGCUGCCACCCGUCAUCAGCGUGGCCUCGUCCACCCUUCAGAGCACCGUGCUGGUGACCUCUUCCAGAAACGAGGCGACGAGCAGCACCACAGCAUCACCAAGCGUCAGCUCGCCAGCGUCUCCAAGAACGGCAUGCCUUACCCUCCUGCCGGUUCCGACCCUCCUCCCGCCAGCUCGCUUCCCCAGGCUUGGAUCGACCGCUACAACCAGAAAAAGGCCGCUGGUCUCAUCCCCAACAUCCCCCUUUCCGUCACUGAUCCCGUCACCCGCGCCACGGCCUACCCGGCGGGCACCGACAUGACCAACGUCUGCUCGUGGACCGUCCAGAAGUGCGACACGGGCGACAUCUGGCUUGCUCCCGACAACUACGUUUCGAUCACCUUUGACGACGGUCCCACUCCUCAGUCGCACCUCCUCAUCGACUACCUCUCGGCACAGCGUCAGACGGCCACGCACUUCCUCAUCGGCAGUGCCAUCGUAUGGAACCCCGACGCGAUGGACCUUUACGUCAAGUCGGACCCACCCAUGCACCUUGGUGUCCACACUUGGUCGCACACCCUUCAAACCAACAAGAACGACCUCCAGGUCCUUGGCGACCUCGGUUGGACCAUGCAGAUCAUCUACGAUCUGACUGGCUCCGUUCCCAUGUACUGGCGUCCCCCUGAGGGCGAUGUUGACGCUCGUGUGCGUGCCAUCGCUACCGAGGUGCUCGGUCUGCAGACGGUCAUGUGGAACAAGGAUGCGGACGACUGGUGCUUGCGCCAGGGCUCUGGCACUGCGCAGCUGCAGACGUGCACGACUGGUAUCGGCGCGACCUCGCAGAGCGUCACUCGGGAGAUGGUCAGCUGGGCGGACACGAACAACCGCACGGGCUUCAUCUCGCUCGAGCACGAGACGACCGACCAGGCGAUCGAGGCGUUCCAGACGUACCACCGCGCACUCAAGGCAAACAACUGGAUCGUCGGCGCCGUCCCCGAGCUGCAAGGGCUGCCGUACUACCAGAACCAGUGGAACCUCACCACGCCCAAGCAGCGCGUGGAUAGCAUUCUGCCCACGCGACAGGCGAUCAAUGUGGUGCACUCGGACGCCCGACGUGGCAGCCGCAACGCACCGGACACGAGCGCCUUCGCUGAUCUUGCGGGCAGCGGACAGGGUGCUAGGGCUUCGCAGGCCGCUUCGGCGGCGAGGGCCAGCGGAAGCUCGUCUGGCUCGGCCGCCGCCGCCACCGGCGCUGGUUCCAGCAGCUCGGGCUCCGGCAGCUCUGGCAGCGGCAGCUCGGGCGGCUCGUCCACCGGCACCGUCGGCGCCACCAACAAGGGCUCGUCGUCGACCUCGGGCGCAUCGAGCCUCGUCGCUGGCGCAUCCACCGUCGGCCUGGGCGCCAUCGCCGCUGCCCUCGCCCUCGUGCUUUGA